GUCAUUUGGCAGAAAGGGAGGCUGAGCUAACAGUGGGCACACGGGUGGGAAGCACAACAAUAACGUAACCUUUCACCGUCCACAUUGGGUCCUAUAGCGUCUCUUCUGGAUUUAAAUACGCAGCAUUAAAUACCCGGGUCCAGCCUCCUCACCGUGGUCCGGAGAAGAGGUGGUGAAGGGGGCUAACGAGCUGAAAGUACCAGAUGCUAUGCCAGCAGAGAAGGACAACGGGCUCCAAUAAGGGAGAGAGGCUGAUGGGUUCUCGUUUUCCCGACGGCUAACGUUUGAGCUUCGCCAGAAACACGGAUACUGCGAAGUAAAGGACGGGCUUGCUGUGCUUUUUUCUCCACAUCCAUCUGUGUGACAUUGUGUCUGAAAUGCUAGCGCAGUCUCGGUCUCGGCCGUCGAGCAGCCUCUGGGCCGCAGUUCGGCACAACAAGCCCGAAUCUGGGAAGUAGCUCGCUAGCUAUCUGCUAGCCGCAGCUGUACCCGAUGCUGCUGCUGCUGCGGCUGCUGCUGCUGCUAAACGGAUCCGAGAAACGACACAAGUGGUUCAGUGGCCCGGCGCUGAGUGAGCUAUUGUUUUGCCGCACUGGACUCCUACGGGCAUUUGAAAUGUGAUGCUUUUGUGCGUCGUAUUUGAGCCUUUUGUAGCUGGAGGCUCUCGCUUACUUGACGCGAAGGAGCUAACGUUGCUGCAAAAUGCAAAGCAGAACCACAACGGCAGGCUCCUGUUGAAGGGGGCGAGGUUAGACUGAUAACAGCCCACCCUGUGUCUCUCAACACUCGGGGGGUAACAUUUGGACAACGACCACCACGUCCCGUCCCCCCCCGCCCCGUCAUUCCCCGCUUCAUCAGCUGGAGAUAUGGAUAAACUAACGAUCAUUUCAGGGUGCCUGUUUCUGGCAGCAGAUAUCUUUGCAAUAGCCAGCAUUGCAAACCCAGACUGGAUCAACACUGGUGAAUCAGCAGGUGCCCUUACAGUCGGUCUAGUCCGGCAAUGUCAGACCAUCCACGGACGAGACCGGACCUGUAUUCCACCACGGCUGCCCCCUGAGUGGGUCACCACACUUUUCUUCAUCAUCAUGGGCAUCAUCUCCCUCACUGUCACCUGUGGACUGCUGGUGGCUUCACACUGGCGCAGAGAGGCCACCAAAUACGCCCGCUGGAUCGCCUUUACUGGCAUGAUCCUGUUCUGCAUGGCGGCGCUCAUCUUCCCCAUAGGCUUCUAUAUCAACGAGGUGGGAGGCCAGCCGUACAAGCUGCCCAACAACACAGUGGUCGGCUCCUCUUACGUGCUGUUUGUCCUCUCCAUCUUCUUCACCAUAGUGGGACUUCUGUUUGCAGGCAAAGUUUGCCUCCCAGGCUGAGGACUCGCCGUUGCCCGCCUCUGGACUGACCCCAGGAGGCUCUGAAAAUGUUAUGGGAUUUACAAAAACACACAAUGACUGAAAAUCAAAGACAACAAACUCUGUCCAGAAGCCUGAAACAGGGCGGUCUCUGGUCAAGGGACCGCAGCACCUCGGAGUACCUAAGAACUAAACAAAUGGAAACGAACAAAACACUAAAGAGGGGGUGGGGGAGAGUGUGAGAGAGGGCAGCUGAGGCCGUCGCAGCACCCUGCCACUGUUGAUUUAAAAUAUGACCGUCUCUUUCUUGUUGUUCUGUUGGAAAAGGGUGCUUAAUGUGCCGCUGUCAUGGCAACUGCGGCCACAAUGCUGGCGCACAUUUCUUGAGGACCAGCCGCUCCUCGACUUGACCCCCGCCCGCCGCCAUCAGCACACAUCUGUGCCAUCAUGACCGCUCCUGUUACUAUUUUUGGCUUCUCUUUGCUAUUUCAGUUGUGUGGUUUUUUUUUUUUUUCUGUUGUUGUACAAUUUGUGUUCUUUUUAUUUUAUUUUUUCUUCCACCUUCGCUCCCCCGUCGCCUUUCCACUGAAGUAGCUUGAGUGUAAUUGAGGUUUACUGAAUGAAUCUCUGAGGGGAACUGUUUUGUUUGUUUGUUUUUUUAAAAUUCUGCCAGCUUGGCUUUCGAGCAGGGUUUAUUCUCGCCUGUCACUUCACAAGGCCCCAGGUGUGUGAGCUGGGGAAAGCAGUUGUGAGACCAGCUGUCUGGGCCAGCUCACGGCCAGCUGUGGGCGAGAGGAAGGCGCAGGUGUGACGCCUCUUUGUCUCCAAUCAGCUGCAGCUCUGGAGCAGGUAGCAAACCAGGGGUGACCUCCCUGGGCAGCAGACCAGGAGGUCUAGUCAAGGAGAAUGCCACUCAAUGUAAGACCUUGCAUUAUGUUAUUUAUAUGGACAGCAACAGAGUAUUAGUGAGUAUAGACAACUUUUUUUGCCAAGCGAAAGCCAUGACACUGAUACACAUCCUUUGCCAAUAACUAGAGGACUGUGAAUUUAGAGAAUAAUCAUCUGAACAUUAGCACACUUCUGUGUAUUUGUAGUAGUCUUCUUAAUUCUGUUAAGUACUGCCACAAGUUGAGUGAAAGUAUUUUUCAAAAGCAUAUGUCACUGUGGUGUUUCAUUUUUGAGAGGUCGAGAUGAACACGUAUAUCGCUAAUUAUAGCGGACAGUAUUGACUUUUAUAGAUAGAAGCUGAAGUUAUCUAAGGUGGGAAAAUAACAUGUGAAUGCUGAAAAUUGGUGGUAUUCUCCUUUAAUGUUGGACUGGAAAGAAGCAGGAGUGUUUUUUUGUCUUGUUUUGUACAACAGUGAAGGCACUGGGACUGCAGGUCAGGUCCAUGCAUGGGGCUGUGCCUCAGUGUGCUGCCACUGAGGCCCGUGAAUGUACACACACACACACACACACACACACGCACGCGCGCAUGUACAGCCACUACCACACUGUCUGUACCUUGCAAAUACUCACAUUAGGGCUGCAGCUAACAAUUCUUUUCAUUGUCUAUUAUUGUCCUGAUUAGAGUAAUGAAUUACAAAAAUAAUUAUCCCCAGAGAAUGUGCUAAUAACAGAUCAAUGUGAGCUUCACUACAAGUACCGCAAAAUUAAGACAGGUCACGCGACUCUUAUCUGGCAAACCAUGCUUUAUUUAGCACCUCACCUGAAGUUUUCGGCGAUCUUGCCUCCUUCAAGGUGAUGCCUACGGUGAUUUCUGUUUUGGGCCAUAAUCAUGCUCUUUGGGAUCUACAGCUCCCAUAAUUUGGGGGCUUUGGGAAAUGUUAACCGAAAACUAUCUUUUUAUCUUUUUUUUUUUUUUGCCUAUAUUGUUUCACAUUUUUACAAAUCGGCACCAUUAAGUAUGCCGAGUUAGAUAUUAGUUGCUCUCGUUUACAAUGUACCCAUUUAUGUACAGACAACUAACACUGGAUUACAUUGAUACUGAAGAAAACUUAAAAACAUGAUGAUUUUAAGGCAAGUUCUGGAGUUGAGAAGGGUGUCUUUUUUUCCCCUAUAAUUUCUAAGUAGAUUGAUGGACAUCUGUGAUGACUAUUAUUCAACAUUUAGUAUACUCAAAAAUCUUUGACAUUUGGAGCAGGUUUAUCCAUCAAUUUUAAAGUCCAUUUACAGUUGACAUUAACACGGCUGUCCCUCAACUAAUUUUUGAUUGUCACAAGACCAGUUCAUAACCCACACAUUUACAAUUUAUGUGUCAUGUAAGAGACAAAGCAAAACAGCCAAUCAGAGCUAAAGAAAUGAAGAGAUCAAAAUAGUUGCAGGUUAAUUUUGUAUUGAUCAACUACCCGUUUUAACACUUACACAUAUUCACAUAUAGACAUGGGUCAUAAAAAUUUGGGGAGCAUACAACCUACUGAUACUCUGAUCUCUCCUGAAAAAAGUGUGUGUGUGGAAUCAAUCACGGAGCUCAGUCACUAAGUCUUAUUUUGUUUGUAUUUCUGUUUCCUGCUCAGCUUUUCUUACUCUCGGUCUGAUGAUGUAUACUGCUAACUAUACACUCUGCAGUGCCCUGUCUUUGGUUGGUUCAGUAUUGUUCCAUGACCUGUUUUUGUUUAAUAAUGUACAGACACAGAAGGCAGGAUUUCUGUAUUAGGAAGCACUGUGCAUUCAACAGUAUAGGUAACAGAAAUAGAAGCAUCACAAAUUGUAUAAAAAAAGAGAAACUUCUUACCUCAUUGUUUUUGUUUCUGCUAUUAUUUUCUAAUGGUGGCAAUGUGUGCCCUCUAAUUUGUCUCUUGCCUUGAUCGGAUGUCUUCACAUAAAGCCUAUGAUCAUAGGAAAUUAUUUAUCACUGAAUAAAAAGAGAAAACAUGGG